AGGCGCGCAGCCUCCAGCAUGUACUGUGGGUAGGGCUGGUCUUAAUUAUUCUUAUUAAUUCUCACCACAUAAAAACAAAAAACAAAACAGGAGACGACGGGGAGAGGACAAAGAUCCCGGCGGGUCAUGUGAGAGAAAACGCCUCAGCAGCAGUCACCGUGCCCGGCUUCCACCUCGAGUCUUUGGCGCUCCGUGGAGAGAUGGGAGCGCUGCGCCCGGUGCGGAGCGCCCUGCCGCGGCUCUGCCUCUGCCUCUGCGUCCUGGACUUCUCCAUCCUCACCUCGGCAAACUGGGACCUGGUUCUGCUCCACACCAACGACGUGCACGCCAGGGUGGAGGAGACCAACGCGCAGUCCGGCAAGUGCACCAAGGGGAACUGUUUCGCCGGGGUGGCCAGAAGAGCCACCAAAAUCAAGGAGAUCCGGGCUGCGGAGAAGAACGUCCUGCUGCUGGACGCCGGAGACCAGUUCCAGGGAACCGUCUGGUUCAAUUACUACAAGGGCGCUGAGGCUGCGCAUUUCAUGAAUAAACUCAAUUAUGAUGCCAUGGCCUUUGGGAACCACGAGUUUGACAACGAGGUGGACGGGCUCAUCAGUCCGUUCCUAGGCGAUGUCAGAUGUGCGGUUCUCGGCGCAAAUAUCAAGCCGGACCAAACUCUGACCUCAAAGUUUGGCGGCCUUUAUUCACCGUUUAAGAUAUUUGAUAUAGACAAUCAGAAGGUGGGCGUGGUGGGAUACACGUCCCAGGAAACUCCUGCACUCUCACAGUCUGGACCACACCUGAGGUUCGAGGACGAGGUGGAGGCACUGCAGCUGCAGGUGGACAAGAUGCUCACGCUGGGGGUCAAUAAGAUCAUCGCUCUUGGUCACUCCGGCUUCCCUGUGGACCAGGAGAUCGCCAGAAGGGUCCGCGGUGUCGACGUUGUCAUCGGUGGACACACCAACACGUUCCUCUAUACAGGAUCGCCUCCCUCCAACGAGACCCCGGCAGGAUCUUACCCCUUCAUGGUGAAAUCGGACGAUGGGCGGGACGUUCCCGUCGUGCAGGCGUACGCCUUCGGGAAAUAUUUGGGUAAACUCAAGGUGACCUUUGACGACGCGGGCAAUGUGGUCAAGUCUGAGGGCAACCCCAUCCUGCUGGACAGCUCUGUGGCUCAGGAUGCAGACAUUCUUGCCGAUGUGGAGGAGUGGAAGAAGAACCUGGCCAACUACUCGGCCCAGUACGUGGGACAGACGCUGGUCUACCUCAACGGGACUUCCGACGAGUGUCGAUCCCGGGAGUGCAACCUGGGAAACCUGAUCUGCGACGCCAUGGUCCACAACAACAUCAGACACGCCGAUGAGCUGCAGUGGAACCACGUCAGCUCCUGCAUCAACAACGGAGGAGGCAUCCGAGCACCGAUCGAUGAGCGCGGCAAGAACGGUUCGAUCACCAUGGAGGACCUGAUCACUGUCAUGCCGUUCGGAGGGACCUUCGACCUGCUGCAGCUCCGCGGCUCGACGCUCCGGAAGGCCUUCGAGCACUCAGUGAGGAGAUACGGCCUCAACAGCGGAGAGUUCCUGCAAGUGUCCGGGUUCCAGGUGGAGUUUGACCUGUCCAGGCCUCCGUACCAGCGGCUCCGGAGCCUCAGCGCCUUGUGCACGACCUGCCGGGUUCCUCGCUACGAGCCCGUCCAGGACGACGGCGUCUACAGGGUGGUGCUGCCGUCCUACCUGGUGGACGGGGGGGACGGUUUCACCAUGCUCAAGGACGAGCACCUCAAACACGACAGCGGGGAUUUGGACAUUUCCGUUUUGGCAAACUACAUCAAGGAGAGGCAGAAGGUGCAUCCGGCUGUGGAGGGACGCAUCAAGAUCUUCAACUCAGCCUGCGGGGGGCAGCGACGAGCCGCUCCGCUGCUGCUCCUGGCUUCAGCGGCGCUGCUCUGGACUUUGGGUGGGAGCGUUUAGCGCUGAAAUUUACAGACGACAAAAAAAAAAAAAAAAAAAAAAAAAGCACUUGUUGAUGUCGUUUUACCUACUGAGCCCCGGAGAAGCCAUGAAAACCUUUUUUUUUAAUUGUUUCAUGCACACAAAUAAAUCGUAAAUCACGCCCACAAAAUACUAAAAUGAGGUAAAAAAAAAAAAAAAAAAAAACAAUUCUAAUUUGUGCUUACUAUUUGCUGUUUUGUGCUCUAAAAUUGUCUUUUCAAGCUCUCAAAUUCAUAUAACUUAAUCGACAUUUUAGUCUCUCUGUUUUCCCGGCUGAUGACCAUCUGUGAUGUCAGGGUUAUAUGAAUAAGGUGUAUUUUUAACACGGGGAUGCAAUGAUUGUUUUUAAAUUUCAUAAUAAUAGGUCUAAUUUAUUUUGAAUUUUUGGGCUAACUGGACACAGACCUCUCAGGGUGCAACAGUGGAGCUCCAGUCUGUGACAUUGUGGGCAGAGGAGAGACUAAACUGACAUACUGGACGUGCACACCCCGCCCCGGCCAGCUCUGAUUGGACAGUAAUCCUUGCUUUUGGUUAAGGUUAGGAUUAGGGUUGGGUUUAGCCAAUCUGAGGCAGAGUAAUUUGGGAGUAUCAGCUCAAAAUAAGUAAGUUGUGUGCACAAACUAGGAUUUUGUGACCCCGGUUUAGCGUCUCGUGAGCAUGAUUUAGUGCAUUGUGCGUAUGAAAAAGAAAAAAAAAAAAAAACGAUCUCGUGGCCGGCCCGUGGUCUGAUGUUGCAGGUGAACUUGAAGCAGCUUGUAAUGAGGUGCGUAAUAAACUGUGAGCAGCUGCGUUUUGGCUCGAUUCCUGAUUCGGCCAAACAAACAGAAGUGUGGACGGCGGUGAAGUCGGGCACGGCGAUCUGCUCUUACUGUAAUCACCUCCCUCUCGUCGUUAUUAUUAUUAUUUUUUUUUACCUGUGUCUCGAUUUCCCACAUCCAUCAUUUGGCUGAGAAGGUAAUUCUUCAUCAGUUUGGUAAGAACAAGAAGGGAAAAUGGAGUUUGAACCUACUUUGAUUGCCAGUUGUGCCGUGAGCCGGCCGCCGCUCGCCUGCUGGGUUUUGGACGAUGACUCCACAGGAUUAAUUAUCAACUGGUAACUGUCAGUGAAUGGUUUCUCGGUUAGAUCACCGUGACAUGAGUAGAUAAAUAUAUAGUUGAAGGUCGAUGGGCACUGAAGUUUUUUUUAAAGAUUUUUUUUUUUGUGUGUGUGUGUGUGUGUGUCAGACAGAGUGACUUAUUGAGCUGCUGGUUGGAGCUGAGAAUGAACGGCCCCGGAAGAUACACACAGCUGAAAAUCCUCCUUCAUUAAAAUGAGCUUUUACUCUAGGAAAAACAAAACAAACAAAAAAAAGAGGGUGCGACUAAAGGGACCAAGGCGGCAACUCUUAAAAACAUCCGAAAUAUUAGACUUAAGUUAGUUCAAAUUAGUAAACAGCCAUUAAAACCACCUGUAACCCCCCACACACUCCGGGUGUGACCGUCUUUUACUGAGUUAAGUCAAAUCCUGUAUUUUUGAUGCUUUGAUGAGGAGUUGUCUUGGCUCAUUUUUCUUUUUUACUUUUUACUUUAUAUUCUGUUCUGCCUAAUAUUCUCACAGCAUCAUGUAGAAAAUGAAGGAAAGCGAUAGCUAUGGAAGAUUGUGAUGAUGUUGCAAGUCCAAAAUAUGGAAUAUGGUGCGUAUGAAACUACUGUAAACAAGGCCUCGGAGUCUGUUUGUUGUCUUGUUGCCUCGUCGGGAGGCUUUUGAAACUCCGUCGGGGAAGUUUGGUUCCAAAACACAAAGCGAAAGUCGUCAUGUCUCCGGAAAUGUCAGCAGCCGGGGAGUUAAUCACCGACUCGCUGCUGACGCUCAACCUGUCCCACCGGUCACAUAAUCAUGAUGAUGGUCAUUUUGAGCUGCCUGGGCAAUGAAAAUUAAAUUAGUUUCCCCCACAAGGUAAAAAAAAAAAAAAAACAAGUUUAAAAGAACUUUAGCCGUCCAAAUGUCCUUAAUGUGGCUGCAGCUGAGCCUUUUAAAUGUUUUUUGUAAGAAAAGAAACAUAAAAAACCUAAUAAAAAAAAAAAAAGUUGGGAGUUUGUAUAAAAUAUGACUGAAAAC